AUGUUCUUGACAUCGUUCCUCGUCUUCACCGUCCUCAUGCUUGCGGCUGAAAAGUCAAAGACUACGUUCCUUGCUCCUCUCGGUAUUGGAUUGGCUCUGUUCGUUGCUGAGCUCGCAGGCGUUUACUACACUGGAGGANUUUACUGGAUUGGCCCAAUUAUGGGCGCCCUCCUCGCUGCAGGCUACUACCGCUUCUGCAAGUACUUCAACUACGAGGAAGCGAACCCUGACCAGGACAACGCUGGUGCAGAUGAGAUCGUCUAA